AUGGCAUGGAAUAGCGGGAAGACAGGCAGUAAUCCGGGCAGUUUCCGGGCAUCCGGACAUCCUCAGCGGCCCUCAGCGGAAUUCGAUGGCUCGGGUGGAUAUCGUGAGGGUGGUGAUCAGGAUCAAGCCACGGACUCUGCGGCACCCAUAUGGAUGUGGGUCAAAGAAGACGCUCAACUAGGCCAAUUUGUGGGCGCAGUUUUGGCCCAGGACGCUGACUCUGGCUUAUUUGGUCAGGUCAGUUAUGCGCUGGUGCAAGGAGCACCGGAGGCCUUGCAAAUCGACCCAGAUAGCGGUAUUUUGACGGUGGCCGGGAGUGGGUUGGAUCAUGAGCGGGAAACGGUUCAUCAGUUCGAGAUCCAAGCCCGGGAUGGUGCCGGGCUUACCAGCCGGAUUCGAGUGGUUCUGUUCGUUGUGGACGUCAACGAUAACCGGCCGAAAUUUGAGUUGGAUGAAUAUAGAGUGGAGGUGUCAGAAGACGCGGCUCCUGGCACGAAAUUGCUUCAAGUCAACGUUUCGGACGCUGACGCUGAUUCGGAAUUCUGGUUCGAUAUAGCGCUGCCGGGAAAUGAACUUGAGCUAUUCGCGAUUGACCGCAACAACGGUGUGGUCAAGCUAGUGGGC